ACCUAAUUAAAUCGCACGAAUUUGUUUCUUCGCUUUAUUUAACGGCAUUCGGUGAACCGAGCAGAGGGAUAAAAAUGGAAAUCAAACUCAAAAUCAUUGGGUUACUAUCAACGGUAUUUUUAAUAUUUUCUAUCAUCCACGAAGGUGAUUCAUCGAUAUCGUGUUACUCCUGUUCGUCACAAAGGAAUUCCUCCAGUUCGUGCGAAAGGAACGUUUCUUACAUCCCCACAUCUACCGUGAAUUGUUCCUUAUCAAUUACCAAUAACUUCACACACUGCGUAACAAUCAUAACUAACACAUCCUUAGUAAGGGACUGCGCAAACGCCUCGAGUUGCAAUCCUUCGCACGGCUACCAACAAUGUUUCCUCUGCACAUCCGAUUAUUGCAACAAGGAUUCCAUCGCUUCGAGUCCUUGGAGUCCUUCGAUCGGGGCCGGAUCUCAACCUGGAUACGGAGGAUCUGGAUCGCAGUAUAAGCCUGGCGUGACGUCGAAACCAGGAUCAGGACGAGCGAACGGAGCCGCUUGGUUAAUUUUAGUUGUUUGUAUAGCGUUAAAUGUAUUUUUAGAAAACAUGUAA